AUGAAGGGAAGGAUUGGGCUGAGGUCAUUCCGCAUACCUGAAAACCAAGCACUAUUCAACAAAAACAAAGCUCACUACCCCGAGGCAAAAUUUUACACCGAAUGCACAGGCGCUAGAAGCAAACCAUCUAAGGAUUUCGGGACCUAUCUCCCUUCAUGGACUGAAAUUCGUGAUCUAAGCAACGAGGAGCUCAUCACCACUGUUGAUCGAGAAAGAAAAAAGCACUCGGAGGUCAAUAACCAUGCCUACGACCAUCCCCAAUGCUCAAAGGUGACGCUGCCAGAUGGGCGCACGGUGUAUCGCUUAUGA